AUGUCCUUUUCCAAUCUGCUGCUGCAAGGAUGGACCUUCAUUAUUAACGAGCCAACUUCUGGUAGAGAAUAUACGAUAUUCACAUCAAAAGAUGCUUCAGACAAAUGGGCUGAUUUCAAAAAGACCAAGUCACCUGAAUUGAAAGACCCACAGAGCCAGGGAUAUGGGACUCCGUUGCUUGUGGCCAAUAAUGUAGGACACAGGCUCAACUCUAAAUGUUUACUUUUCAAAAAGUAUAUGCCCGCUACUGAUCAUCCUUUUGAUGUUGAAAAGGAUUCCUAUGAAUUAUGUGCUGUUAAUUUAAAACAGCAUUUAAGUCAUAGAACAUCUAUUUUUCAUUUCAAGCCUGAUCCUAACCAAAGUUUGGAUUUUGAAUUGCUGCUUUUUAUGCAUUUGACAUUUCCAAUUGUAGAUUAUAUUUACAAAGGUGAGAAACAUAGGUGGAUUGAUGAAACUAAAGCUUGUGCGUUCCGAAGGCAGCGGGACGUUAAGUUUAGAUUCAACCAUUGUGUGCUAAGACAGGAUCAAAAAUUUCGUUGGUUGACAAUUGCGAUGGAGUAA